GUCGCCGACUUGGAUCGUUCCGAUGUCAAAGUUGACGGGCUACCCUGUCACGUCUUUGUUGGGUCGCUGUACCUUUUCCAAUGUAAUCAAUAGUGCGGAAUUAAUGAAAAUUGUACAAUUGUCUACAAAGACGGCUACAAUUCAACAUUAGCUCAAACAGUCAAACCAACCUAAAGAUGGAGGAAAAGCUGUAUGGAUCACUGCCUGUCCCCUCGGAAUAUCUUCAACAGUGGAUUCAGUCGACCCAGCAGUUCCAGGCGCUCCAGGCCCAGUACUCCGGGUUCAGUCCGCACCACCACCCCCACUAUCCAGAGGUGCCGGCGGGAGAGCAGGCGACGGCACACAUGGCUUCUCACCCGGAACCCAUGAUGGGUCAGCAGGAGCCCGCCAACCCAGCAAAACCUCCAGCCAAAAAGAGAGGCCGACCAGCACAACCCAAGGAGCCCAAGGAGCCUAAACCCCCCAAAAUCCCAAAGGCGCCCAAGCCUCCGAAGCCCCCCAAGGCGCCCAAAGUACCAAAAGCCCCCAAGGACCCCGCCGCCCCAAAGGCCAAGCCGGGUCCCAAGUCCAAGAAGGCCAAGGAGGGCGAGGCGGACGGCAAGCAGGAGAAAAUAGACGAUAGCUUCAAGAAGGUCAAGAGGAAAAGGGACCGUUUCAAGGGAAUGAGCGAGGAAGAGGUCAUGACAAAAACCCUGCCGGACCUGCUCGAAUACAACCUGGACUACGUUAUUAUUGGCAUAAACCCGGGUUUAUUGGCUGCCUUUAUUGGACGCUGGUUCCCCGGUCCCGGAAACCACUUCUGGAAGUGCCUGUUCCUGUCUGGAUUCACAGAUGAGCUGCUCAACCACACGGCCGACACACUACUGCCCACUAAGUACAAGAUCGGCUUCACCAACAUGGUGGCCAGGGCCACACCUGGGAGCAAAGAUCUCUCCAGCACGGAGUUACGCGAAGGAGGCAAAAUUCUCACACAGAAAUUAAUAAAGUACAAGCCUCUCAUUGCAGUUUUCAACGGAAAAUGCAUAUAUGAAAUGUUCUGCAGAGAGAUGUUUGGCAAAAAACCAAAGACACUCACGUUUGGUUUGCAGCCUCACAAGAUUCCUGACUGUGAUGUGGCCCUGUAUCUGAUGCCUUCGUCCAGUGCUCGCUGUGCCCAGUUCCCCCGUGCCCAGGACAAAGUCCACUUCUACAUUAAGCUGAGGGAGCUGAGGGACGAGCUGAAGGGAAUCCAGAAGUCGAAAGAAAUCGAGGAGGUCAAAUACAGCUUUGACCUGGGACUGGCUAAGGAGGAUGCCAAGAGGAUGGCCAUAAAGGAGGAGGCGUACGACCCCGGCUACGAGGACGCCUACGGGGGGGCAUACGUUGAAGGAGGACCUGAAGGAGGCCCACCACCCCCCCCGGGCGAGCCCCAGACCAACGGCCACUGCAACUUCUCAGCGGCUGAAAACACAGAAGCUGCAGAGAAGGCCACCACGUCCCAAGCGGCGGGCGGGGCAGAAGGCCAGCUCCCAGACGGACAGUGGAUGACCCAGUCGUUUGCCGACCAGAUCCCUGACAUCGGGGGUGCGGCGGCGGCGGCGGCGGCGGCGGCGGCGGCGACUGCUGCUGCAGCAGAAGCAGCAGCAGUGGCGGCAACGACGACUGGCCCUACGACAGAGCCAACAGCUUAGGGACCAGGGCCAUCCUCUGUGUGGACGCAGCAAACACACACACACAGGAGGGUCCAGGCCCGCCCCACGUCUGAUGCAAAGCUGGGCCUCAGCCUGAAGACCUCAUCCUCCCAUUUUUCUCCUUUUUCUAUUAGUGACUUAGCAGAAUACACACGCAUUAAUGACACAUUUUUAGAGUUUUUGCAGAACACCAUCUGCAGUUGUGUCCUGUGUACACACUUUGUUCAUGGCAGUCAGUUUCUUUUUUUUUUUUCUUUUUUUUAAGUGUGAAAUCAGGGACUAUGAAAAUGAUGCUUGAAGGUCACAAGUUGAAUCGGUUUUAUUUUAUUGUACUGUACAUUACUGCACUGUGAUGCAGUAGGUGUGGCCGAUCAUGUCUACUGUAUAGGCAGUAGAAAUGCCUUCUUAUUACUUAGAACUUUUUACAAUUGAAUGACUGGAAAUAGCCCAGCGGGAAUUUGUAUGAGCCUGCUGGUGUUGUUGUGUUGAGGCCUACGAAGACCAACUACUACUUAUCUGCUGCCAUUUAGAUGUUAAAGGUAAUAUCAAUGAACCGGGGUACACUGUCAAAUAAUCGUUGUAUAUAUUUUAUACAUUAAGGUAACAGCAAAGCAUGAACUGGUGUAGGCGGACCUGUGUUUUACUAUAGCUGCCUAACCUUUAGAUGGCAGCAAAGGAGUAGUAGGGCUAGAAUUGGUUUGUCAUUGAGUAUAUUCUGAAUGGGAAAGCCCAAGCCAGGUCAAAGGACAGACUUGUUGUGAUUUCACUUGCAGAAUUUCUAUGGCCCGUUAUCAACUCAAUUUGGUGCUAUUUUAAUGUUUGUUUUUUAAAUCGGUUUAGAAAUUGUCAUUCACAAAGUAUAUCAAAAUGUGCAUUAAAAUAUCUGAAUGAUGUUUUUCUACA